GAAUGAACUGUGUAUGACUAUUCUCUAUUAAUUCUCUUUUCACAGGCUCACACCUCUGUCUUUAUAUUUAAAUUACAUUUUAUGAUAAGGCUAGCAAUCUCUCCCAACGUGUACUAUACAGUAUGUAAUUCUGGCCUCUGUCAAUGGAGCAGAUUUGCUUUGAGCCAACAUUUGAAAGGGCUGACUGGAACCUACCAUCCUAUACAUUGUACAGUGUGUGAGAGACCCUGCUUGGCGAGGGGCUUUGGAGCAGGCUGACUGGACAGAGCCGUUGGGACCGAGGCUGUGUGAAAGGAAGGGUGGAGUUUCCACAUCGCAUUGAGUACACACACUGCUGUCUGCAUCACUGUGCAGUACCGCCAGUCCACUGGAGAGGAGUGUCAUAGAAGGGGAGGGGGGUUGCACAACAGCAUACAGGCCGGCACAGGCUACAUUACUAUUGAGAGGGAGGGAUGAGAAUGCUGAAUCAGUGAAACUGCAUGAAAGCCAGGGAGAGGGUGGGAGAGGGUGAACUGCAGGAGAGAGGGAAGGGAAAGAUAGCCGCAAGGGUAAGAAUUGUGAUAUCCUUUUAAAAAAGAGUAGUUAAAUGUAUCGUUGUGAAGGACAAAUAUAAACACAGGUUUACCUUGCAUCUAAGGUUUCAAUAUCUGUAAAUCUCAAUCAAGGUCCAGACAUUCAGUUAAUUUCAAACCAUUCAGUGAAAGUGUGUUUGGUGAUUUUGUUAUAGGUGAAAGUUCAUAGGUUAAACGUUCACGGUGAGCUUGAGGUGGCCGUACACCUUGCUGCAGACCAGGAAAGGAAGCCAAGAUGGAAGGAAGGGAGGUGGUGUUGCCGACUGUGUCCCGCGUUGCACUGUGUGGUGGUACCCAUGGCAAUGAGCUGUCAGGAGUGUACCUGGUGAGAGAGCGGCUGAAGAGGAAGAGGAAGGUGGAAGAAGAAGACCACAUCUCCGUGGUGACCGUGAUGUCCAACCCGCGUGCUGUCCAGCAGUGUCGGAGAUACACAGAGACAGAUCUGAACCGCUGCUUCACCCAUGCCACCCUUAGUGGGCCUGUGACAGACAAAACCCCCUAUGAGAUAGUCCGGUCCCAGGAGCUGAACACCCUGCUAGGUCCUAAAGGUAGUCCAGAGGCCAUGGACCUGGUGUGUGACCUCCACAACACAACCGCUAACAUGGGCCUGUGCCUCAUCGCCUACUCAGACUGUGACUGGAUCUCUCUUCACAUCUACAGAUACCUGCAGAGACAAAUGUCUGACAUACCUGUGAGGUUCAUUCACUUUGACCUUCCCCUCAAUGAAGCAUAUUCCCUCGAUUCUGUAGGCAAACAUGGCUUUGCGAUUGAGAUUGGUCCUCAGGCCCAUGGAGUAGUCAGGUCCAAUAUUUUAUCCACAAUGCAAGAAGGGGUCCAGCACAUGCUAGAAUGGGUCCACCUCUUUAACUCAGGUACCCAAUUUGAAGGAGGAAAAGUGGAUGUGUACACCAUGGUGAAAAAUGUGGACUACCCAAGAGACUUUGAGACCCACGGUAUUACAGCCGCCAUUCAUCCUCAACUCCAGGAUCGGGACUUCUGCCUCCUCCGACCCAAUGACCCUGUGUUCCAGACUUUCUCUGGAGAGACACUAAAGUACAAAGGGACUGAGCCACUCUAUCCAUUCUUCAUUAACGAAUGUGCGUACUAUGAGAAGGGCAUAGCUCUCUCCCUUGCAAGACAGAGGAGUGUCGGGAUACCAUCCAUCCGAUCGGAGAGAGAAGGAGAACAGGGAAAGAGGAAAAGUUCAGCAGAUGAAAUGGAGGAGGAAGAAACAAUUAAAGGGGAAAUGGAGGGGGAAGGCUAUCAGAAGCUAAUGGAAUAUGGAGAGGAGAGUGAUUCACUAAAUGGACAACACAACUGAGAGCUAAUUUCAAGUUCUUGAUAUGAAUUGUGGAUAAAAAAAAAAAAAGUUAUGUAAAAUGAGACACGUUGAUCAAAUGUUAUGAACUUCAAAUAAUAAUAAAAAUCCUUCAUUGAAA